CAGCUGAACCCUCGUCCCUCGGCCGAACCCACGUGUAGAGGGGAGCCCAUUUCUCUCUCACAUUAGCACAGCAGGCAGCAUGGGAGGAAGGCUGACACGUCUGAGAGGCUCUCGGCUACUGGUGUUCAACGUGUGCGCGUCGGGAGUGGGUUACGCGGCGGGGGACCAGCUGCAACAGCGGUUCGAGGGUAGGGGGCAAUCUGACUGGGUGAGGUCGGGAAGAAUGGCGGGUGUGGGAGCUCCCAUUGGCGCCAUGGGUCACUACUGGUACCAGCUGCUGGACAGAGCUCUGCCUGGAGUAGUGGCGGGGGCAGUGGUGAGGAAGGUCCUGGCUGACAUGUGCAUCUUUGCCCCUGUCUGCCUCGUAACCUUCUUCACUGGUAUGGGACUUUUGGAAGGGAAGAACAGUAGAGAGAUUGUAUUGGACGUGAAGACAAUGUUUCCCACUGCAUAUCUGGCAGAGUGGGCAUUCUGGCCUGCAGCACAAGUAAGAAAACACUACCUUUCACCCCUGAAUGAAAUUUUUAAAUGAACCUGUCAUUCAGGCACUAAAUUUUUACAUCAUUCCACCACAAUUGAGAGUAUUUUAUGUGAGCUCGGUACUAUUGGUCUGGACUGUUAUUCUCUCUUACAUCAAGCAUAAGUAAACACAGAUUUUUUCCGGACAAAAAUUAAAAAAAAAAACCUAUAGAAGUCGAGGACCUGGGGGUGGGCUCUCACACAGGAUGGCUGGAAGUCUGUGACUCGCAUGGUUUUGAGACUCCGAGCUCUCGACAGUGCCACGUAGGCCUGUCCGUCUUCGAAUGCCCGGCCCAGCGAUAUCUCCACACAGUCCAGAGUCAUACCCUAAUGUUUUACACAGUUCAAUCUACUUCAACUUUGUACAUAGUUUCGGUCAUAGAACAUCAGUCACAUUUUACGUUCACCAGGUCAUCAUUAGGUUCAGGAUAGUUUAAACACAUCUGGCACUAUAUAGCACUUGUAUUGUGCAAAUAA